AUGGCCUUUUCCAAGACGCAGAAUGUCGUUCUCGCCCGUGGCAUCAACGCCAUCUCGCGCAACAGUCUCUCUAAGAAGAAUGGCCGCGGCAAGAUGAUCAAGAAGGGCGGCGAAAAAAAGGUCACUGCUGUCAAGAGACCGUCCACUAAGAAGUGGUACCCGGCUGACUACAUCCCGAAGCCGCUGCCGUCGGCCAAGACCAAGCGCAACAGCGUGAAGACCGCUAAGCUGCGCAAGUCCAUCACCCCGGGCACAGUACUCAUUUUGCUCUCGGGUCGCUUCCGUGGCAAGCGUGUGGUGUUUCUUAACCAACUGGCUUCGGGUCUCCUGCUUGUUACGGGCCCCUACAAGGUUAAUGGCGUACCGCUUCGUCGUGUGAACCAAUCGUUUGUGAUUGCCACAUCGACCAAGAUCAACAUUGAGGGCCUGGAGCUUCCAGCCGUUGACGAUGCCUACUUUGCUCGUGAAAAGGCGGCCAAGAAGAGCAAAGAGGAGCAGUUCUUUGAUCAGUCAAACAACGCUCCUGUUAUCUCGGAACAGCGCAAGAAGGACCAGAAGGCAGUGGACUCGGCUCUUAUCAAGAAGCUUGACGCCGAGCCGUUCCUCAAGGCCUACUUGAAUGCUAAGUUCACCUUGACAAAGAGCGACCGCGCCCACGCACUCAAGUUUUAA